AUCACUUCCGAGAGAGAGCGGGGAUGAAGAGAUCAAGAGAGGAAAAAGAGACAAAACGGAGAAAUUAGAGCCAGUGGAAACGUGCUGAGGGAUUUUCAAGAGUCACGUUAUUAUUCAGGAGGGAGAGAAAGGGGAGAGAGAGGGGGAGAGAGAGGCGCGAUAACAGCGUUUGUCCUUCUUGGACUCAGUUUUGUGACCGGCUGACGGGCAGAACGGGCGACGGACGCAGAAACUUGAGACCGUCACACAGAGAUCCGACAUCCAGAGGCUCACUGAAGAUCAGACCUAGUUUCCCCUCGCUUGGUGUUUGGGAAUUGCGUUUCUCUCUGCCUUCCUGCUCUUUGGCACCGCUGCUUGGCAUUCAUCAGAGAUCACAUAUUUAUUUGAAAUUACGGGUGUUCAACCCUCCGUGGGAAACUGAAUGAGACUCUUCACAAGGGGAGUGGGAAAAAACCAGCAGAGAGCGGCUUGCUGAGAUAGAGGAAGAUAUUAGGCAGCGUGAAAAAAAAGGGAGAAGGAGUGACUGACACCUGCCCUCCAGCUCAGUGUGAAGGGCACAGAAUGCGAGAGUGAGAGGAGGGGCAUGAGAAGAGGGAAAACAGAAGAGAGAAUGAAGACAACCGGAAAACAAGGCCUGCCUCACAGCAAACCUCACUCAAAUUAGGACGUCUCACCACAAGACAAGAUGAUUACAAGAAAUCUGCUCCUAUUGGUUUCCCUGUUGCUGUGGGAGGGGCUCGCGGGAGGCGCCUUGGCCAGUAAAAUUGUCCGGAGGAGAGGAGUGGGCGGAUCGCACAUGGUGAAGCUAGGGGAGAGCAGAGCUGCGGACCAAUGGGAUGCAAGCGUUGAUGCGAAUGCUAUGCCCAUGGUGACUCUUAGAAACCUGAUUAGUCAUGAGCAGGCGGGUGACACUGAAUCUUUCUCUUAUUCCAAGAUAUUGCAGAAUCAUGCUGCUCCAUUGGUAGCUAACAAGGAGAGGCAAGCUUUCAAGCCCAAGCGUGAGGUCGACUCUGUCAAUAAAAAAGAAGUGACACCGCACAUGUUAGCCAAUAACAAGGAGUUAAACCAGGAUGUGAAGAAAGUUAAGAACAACACCAAGAAUGCUGAGACUUCUGCCAAAACAGGAAGGUCAGAAAAAACAUUCACAAUCCAUCAUAAACCAGAUCAACACACCAAUAAAACCAGGUUUAAAUCAGGCUCUAGAUCCAGGAACAGACCUGAUCUAAGUGUGCAUACUACAGGUGUGCCAGGAAAAGGAUUCAGCAUAGAUUCAAACCGAAAACUCAACCUCACUGGCAGUUAUGGGGUUCUGAAGCUGCUGUCGAAAGAGAACCUCGUCAGGAUCGUCAAUUCCCAAAUGCAGAGUGUUCCUAGCCUGAGCUUUCCGAGCAAGGGCAGCCGGAGCAGGAAGAGAGAUUUGAUUGACGUUAAUCACGGACAGUUAGAGGCUCAGAAAGUGCAGAGACAAGAUAUAGCUGUCACUCAGUUUCACACUGGAUUUGAUAAUCAGACGGCAUUACCUUAUGUAAGCCCAGUCACCACCCCAGAUCUUAAUCGAGACCAAGGUGCCAACACUCAUAUUAAUCCGCUAAGUGAAGUCAACCCAGCUUUAAGUAAAGGGCAGGGCAACUUGGGAAUGCAGGGUACAGAUAGUGGCGAUAGCAAGAGCAAACACCUGGCCCGUUUGCUGUCAACACCUCGCAGCGAGGUCAGUCUCAGUCCUGAGAAGGAAGUAAUAAUCAGCCAAACACAACCACCAUUUACAUCGACAAAACAUUUCCCACUGUAUGUACCCUCUGAAACAAAUGAUUCUCCACCGUCUGUGCUGACAAUGCAACCCCUGGGAGUAAGACCGGGGAACAGAGCAGCAGAUUCCCAUAGAGACCCAUUAACAGAGUCGGUUCACACUGCUCAAACAGAACUCAGCACAGCUCAGUACCCUGCAGAUGAAGACAACAAACUUGUCAACAGCAGUCAUGUCCUGAGGCUCCACCCGGCUCCCGAAUGGAGCCAUGAUACAAAAGAUGCUGGGAUGCAAUCUGUCGAUCCAGAAAAUGGGAAGGGCCUUGUGUUUGAAGAAGCAGAGUCAGAGGUAGAAGAGGAAAUGCAUGAGCGAAUGGAGAGGAAGGGGCCACGCUCUCGCAGCAGGAGGAGCUGGAUCUGGAACCAGUUCUUUGUGAUCGAAGAAUACGCCGGGCCUGAACCUGUGCUCAUCGGACGGCUCCACACCGACAUGGACAGGAAUGAUGGACGCACUAAGUAUGUCCUGCGAGGCGAGGGGGCGGGUUCGGUCUUUGUGAUAGACGAGAAGACGGGUAACAUCCACGUCACCAAGCCACUGGACCGUGAGGAGAAGGACGAGUAUCGCCUGAUAGCCACAGCCACCGACAGGCAGACGGACCGUGCCCUGGAGCCCUCGUCACAGUUCAUAAUUCGAGUGCAGGACAUCAACGACAACCCACCUAUCUUUGACGAAGGCCCCUACAGCGCCACCGUGCCUGAGAUGGCAAAUAUAGGCACGUCUAUAAUCCAGGUGACAGCGACAGAUGCUGAUGACCCGACUUAUGGGAACAGCGCCAAGCUCGUGUACACACUGGUGCAGGGCCAACAGUACUUCUCCGUCGAUCCUCAGACAGGUAUUCUGCGUACGGCUGUACCCGACAUGGACAGGGAGACCCAGGACCAGUACCUGGUGCUGCUUCAGGCCAAGGACAUGGGUGGCCACCUGGGCGGAUUAUCCGGGACCACCACCGUCACCGUGAGGCUCACUGACGUCAACGACAAUCCUCCACGCUUCACUCAGAGUAUGUGGUCCUUCUCUGUUUCCGAGUUGGCCAUCCCGGGUGCCGAGAUAGGGCGGAUCUCGGCGACUGACGCCGAUCUCGGUGAGAACGCCAAACUGGAAUAUACUAUCCUGGAGGGGGAGACCGGGGACACGUUCAACAUCACCGGAGUGAACCAAGAGGCGGUCAUCACGCUCAACAAGGCGGUAGACUAUGAGAGCCGGAGCUCCUACUCCUUCUCUGUGGAGGUCCUCAACCCCAUAGUGGAUCCGCGUUUCUUGCGUCGAGGCCCCUUCAAAGACCGGGCCUCCAUCAGAGUAGCAGUACUGGAUGCAGAUGAGCCCCCGAGAUUCUCCCGAGCCCGAUACCACAUGGAUGUGUCUGAAAACUGCCCACCGGCCUGCACAGUGGGCCGGGUCAGCGCUGUGGACCCUGAUACUGGUCUUACCAAUAAUAUAAGGUUCUCCAUUGAUCCUCAGUCAGACCCAGAGGCUCUGUUCCGUAUCACCCCAGACACCGGCCUCAUUACCACAGCCAUGGAACUGGACCGGGAACGAGAGCAUUGGCACAACAUUACUGUCAUCGCCACCCAGAGAGACAAUCCCAGCCAGGUGUCCAGAGUUGUGCUUGCAGUAGAGACAUUAGAUCUGAAUGACAAUGCACCAGAACUGGACAGACAAUAUACAACGGCAUUGUGCGACUCAUCCUCCAUCGGACAGGUGGUGCAGGUGUUGCGGGCGAUUGAUAGAGAUGAGGGAGGGAAUGACAGCACUGUGUAUUUCAGCAUCCCUCCAGAGUCCAGCGCUGCCCUCAACUUCAGCGUCAGGGACAGUGGUGGUCCCACAGCCAGCCUGGUGCUGCUGUCCCAGCUCCAGCCGCUGUCCCGCUCUGCAUCCUCUACCCUGACACUCUACGUGCCGCUGGUCCUAAGGGACGGCACAUCAGGCCUCACCAGCACCGGGACGGUCACAGUGUCCGUCUGUCCCUGCCUGAGAGGAGGGGCACGGGCCGGGGAGAAAGAGAAGGACAAACAGACCGAGGGCGAAUGGGACUGGGAAAGAGAGGCAGUGUGUCUCCCUCAGCAGUCCACACUGCCUUCCCCUGGGCUCAGUACCGCCGCCUUGCUGGCUAUCCUGGCUUGUGUUGCUACGCUACUGGCGGUGAGUGCCCUGUCAUUGUCGCUGCGCCGUCAGAAGCGUGACUCCCUGUCACCGCUGGAGGAGGACGACGUACGUGAGAACAUCAUAACGUAUGAUGACGAGGGCGGGGGCGAGGCCGACACUGCUGCCUUUGACAUUGCCGCGCUCCAGAGUGCACCGCACAGCUCGCGCUCACGUGGCUAUCGCACACUAGACAGCAGGAAUGUACGUUAUGCCCAGCGUAGCCAAGAAAAAGCUCGCACCUAUAGCUGGGCUCAGAAUCCGGGUGUGGAUCACAACUACACAGGACCAGGAGGACCUCUCUAUGGUCGCCUCUGUUACAGCAGCCACACGUUACCUGUUCUCCGUCGCACACCAGGGGGAACAUUUGAACCAGGCCUGGCAGAGCUGGGAUACCGCUUUCCUGGAGGCCAGCCAGACCACUCUCUGGUAAUCCAGAACCAAGGGGCCAUGGUUGGGCCAAUGGAGUCUGGGGCGGUGUACAUAGCUCCCACAGACCUCAGCACGGGAAGCCGAACGGGGAGUCGUACAGGAAGCCGCGACGGGACUGCACCCCAGAGUGGGGUAAGCACGUCAGAUGGAGGAACACCCAGGACCAGUGACAGCCAGGAGAGAGGAGGGGGGGCAGGAACUGCAAGCAACUGUACAGAUGGGAGCAAUGAGGACAAGAUGAACCACAGUCAAGAUGUGGACUGGUACCACACCCUACCCCAGCCCCGAACUGAAACCACUCGUGCUCGCCUACGUUCCCUCCAGGUGCAGUCGGAGACGUUACCCAGGGAGCAUAACCUCGUCAUGACCCGAUCCGGCUCCAUGAUGGGCCAGGGUCACGGUGCAGGAGGCUGGGUGUGCGACUCGGCUACCCUCCCCAUGGCAGGACGCAGGGCCUCCCGCGCCGGCUUGUCCCCAAAGCGCACAAGCUCUGGCCAGGCUGAAACUGACUCCAGUGGAGGAGGAGGAGGAGGAGGAGGAGGAGGAGGGGGAGGAGGAGGUGGAGGUGGAAAUGGGGGCACCUCCACAGAUGGCCAACAGCAAACUGCCAGUGGACGCAACUACGCCACUGUCCUGCAGGGGGAGGUAUCUGGACAGAGGGACUACCCCGGCAGCUUGGGGAGAGGAGGACUGGAGAUGGGGAGCAACUUUGUGGUGGCGAGGCCAGACAGGGAGGGCGGAGGGAUAUCAUCUGUCUACCCAGAAGCAGCUGGCUUUAUUGGGGACUGGCGUGAUCGGGUGGGUCUCGGGGGGUAUGUUUUGGGCAGGAGGGAUAUGACCCCCCAGCUUUUUCCCUUCCCGGGGCAGCCUCGGGGACCGUACGGCGGCGUGAUGGGCUUCGGGGCCGGCUGGGUUCCAGGAAUGGAGGCUGCGAGAGGAGCACCAGGGCCUGGGGGUCCCUCCUUGGCACUGAGGGUGGGUGAGUUCCUACGUCUGCGCCUUGCCCAGGUCACUUUUGACCCAUCACAGCCACCGUACGACUCUGUGCAGGUGUACGGCCUGGAGGGCACAGGAUCCCGGGCUGGAUCCCUCAGUUCACUUGAGAGCGAAGGAGAGAAGGAUGCAGAGAAGGAGGAGUGGGGUGCAGGGCUGGAAGAGUGGGGUCCACAGUUCCACAAAUUAGCCCAACUUUUUAAAGACAGGGAGAAAGAGAGGGAAGAGAAGGAUAAAGUUGAAGAGGGUGCCAAAAAGGAGAAGGAAAAGAAAGAAGAGCCAGAGAGGAAAGAGAAAAAAGAGGGAGUAGAGCAGGCUGGAGAAGAGGGGAAAGACUGAGGAAGGAUAAAAAUGAAACAGAUAGGGGCAAAGGGGGUAAGAGAGGAACAGCGGGAAUAGGAGGAUGAUGAAAAGGCAACCAGAGCUAGAAUAAUGUGAAGAGAAGUUAAAGGAGAGAAAGAUGAAGAGGCAAAGUAAUAAAAAGAGACAGAGAAAAAUGAGCCUAGGGAGGAUGGAGAAUGCGAGGGCAGGGGAGGGAGUGAUUGAUGUAAUUUAAAGCAAUAAGUGUUGAAACGCUGAUAUGGUUGAGCACAGAUACUGAGACAAUGCAGAGGCUGCUUCUGCUCGGGGCAGCAACAAUUUGUUAAACGCUUUGGACAAAGAAAAACAACCCAAACAUCCAAGACUCGAUUUAAUUCAACUCUCACGUACGGAAUAAGAAACAGCAGGAAACAAGAAGGAAGACGUUUCUGGUGGUGCGUGUUGGUCAUCUCUUUGUGUCUGCAUGCGUGUUUGUGUGUGGGAAAAGUCCAUGAGGGAAUAUGGAUGUGCGAGCAGGAGUGCACAUACACACUUUUUGAGUGGAUAUGUGUGCAUAUUCAACAAAGGAGUGGCAGGGAGAAACCGCGACACCCAGAGACAAUUUAAAGAUGAGACUGAUGACUGAUGAUACGCAAGCGGCAGCAUUAGUUUUCAGGACAACGUGCAAGAGUAAACAUUUAACAAGGAAGUUUAUAAACUAGGAUAACACACAGGGGAUGAAAUAUAGUACAAAGUGAAUGGGAUGCGGGAUGGAUGUAUAGAGAGAGAAAUGGUCGGUGGAAGUUAGACGAUUGUACAGAAUCUGUUACUUUUUAUUCCAUCUGCAGUGGCAGAAAAGUGAAUUAUUCAGCUCACUACUUCAUUCCAAAUGAAAAUGAUGAAUCAUUUAAAUCCUGCAAAAGAUUCUCCCUCCUCUCAGCCCACAAGGAAAACAGACAUUGUGAAAAAUUUAAAUGAUUUAGGGAUGCGAUCCCCCACCCUCCGCACCCCUACUCUGUUACACCCCCCACACCACCCCCCACGCUUUUUGUAGUUGAGUGUUGGUAUGUUUACAAAGAUCCACACACAAACACACACACAGACACAAAAGAACUGAUGAACAUGAAGCUUUGAUUGUACUACAGUAAAUUAUAAACACAAACCAUCCACAAGUAUUCCAUCUGUUAUAUGGAGUAAUGAUGACUCUACUAUUGAUCUCUUAAAUGUUUUUAUGGAAUAAGGCUCCUAUUUUUUAUGCCCCCUCCCCAUAUUCUCACUUGACAUGUCUUGAGGACAAAGUAUGCAUGAUUUUUGGAGACAACAAAAAACCUAAAAAGGCAAUCAAUUCCACUUUGAACACUCGUGCUGCCCAAAUGAAACAUUUCCAUAGAUCUGUAAUGAAAUUAUAGGGGAACAACACCACAGAGACUCCCACGACAGGCUUUUUGUUCUUGUAAAAGGUCAGGAUGCAAAUGAGCUGGAGUUUUCAGCUGGAAUGCACUUUUAUACUGUGUGAUGUUCAAUAAUAGAUAAUGAAUAAUGUCAAAGAUUACAGUUGUUUUAUAAGAUGUCAAUUAAAGAAGAAGAUACAAUGUUUGACUGUAUGUAAAAGCAUUUCAGAUGUAAAUACCACUAAAUAUUAUUGCUAAAAGAGAGUAUAUAAAAUGAAAAAUUAGUAAAAAAAAAAAAAAAAAAGCAGAACUUACAUGUCCAAAUGGAGCACUGUUGGGACUAUCUGUAUGUACUGUAGAUUAGAAAUGGAUUAACUGAGCUGGACUGAAAACAUGUUUUCAACAUCUGUGUAGUAAGUGAACAGGUUUGGGGUUGUUUUGUGGUAGCUCUCGUCUGAGAUGGACAAGCCAAGGAUUCAAUUAUACAUGUGGCCUCUGGCUGAAGUUUGUUGUGCAAAAUAUUAGUUACAGGAAGACUCAGAACUUGCCUGUCCCAGCGUGGAACCAAUUUGAUGAAAAUCCAAUGGAGUGAGGAGAAAUUCCCCUAACAGGCAUACAACAAAAAUUCUGCAUUUUCCCAAAGAUUUGGAUUAUUAUUCUGAAAAAGUAGAAUAAUAAAUAUACCAAAAUGGAGUUCAAGGACAGCUCUGUCAUUAGUGUUGCACUGCCUGAGAGAUAUGAGACAAAGUUUUAUAGAUAAAUACUUCUCUCUAGAAAUAUAAUCAAAUGUACAUUUAAGAGUAAGAUUUUUAAUAAUAAAAGUAUGGGAAAGUGACUGUCCAUCAGAUUUAAUCUUCAUGCAUUUCAGGCAAUGCAACGACCAUAUUAAUAUUGCAUUUUGCAUAUAUCUUAAGUCAAACAAAUUCUCUAAUUUUGUGGAAAAAUAACUAACACCCACAAAUUUGUUGAAUUUCUUGAGUCCAGAGGGGAAUUUUGCCUCAUACCCUAACCUGAAUGUGGACGUCUUUGGUGUGCCAUCGGAAAAGUGUCACCGUUUAUCACUGGUUCACUGUAAAGCCACCCACAUAAGUCAAGCUGCCAGCUUUGCUAGUGCCCACCAGUUUGGUCCACCAUAAUCUUGUUGUCGAAGUCUGCUACUGUCAACAUAUACUUAAGCAAUCAGGAAGUCAGGCUUCACACUGACCGAAAUGAAACCCAUAUACACCUCUGCACCCUUUACCUGAGCCACAGACUUGUCCAUACAGUGCCACUGUGCAGACUGGAUGGUAUCAGGACCAAUGUACAAAUACUGCACAAUAACUGGAGAAAAGUGGGGGGUACAGAACCUCAGGGGGGAUCUGAGUUAUCAUUCUUUUUGGCUGAUCAGCAAUACCUCAAUAUCCGACAGCUACUUAAUCCUUUCAUCAGACAUGUAACACUCAGUGGUCUAUAGUGACAAAGCAUAGGGGCUAUUAGACACUUCACAGUAAUAUACUGUGUGCCAACCAUAAAGGAUACAUUUGGUUUAUUACAACUUGGGUCUUAUUUUCAUAGUUUAUAAUAGUAACAAUAAGAUUGUACUCUGCAAGUUAAUUGCUGAGAUCUGGGAAACUAACCUGACUGCGCCAGGUGUUUUGUUACAGAAAACCAUCUGGGAAGUCAUCAUUGGGAAGUUGUUGUUGGGAACUGUUUGGCACUCUUUAAAGGGCAGGCACUUUCAAAAAAUAUUUGGCAUGUGAAUAAAUGAACCAUCUGUCUAUCAUUGUCUGUCACAGGAAUAAUCUGAUCAACUUACUGAAGGGAACCUAGCGUUAAACCACGCCUGUAGCUCAUGCUGUGGCUGCCAGUAGUUCCUCAUAGGAGACUGAUUGGUCUGUUACCACUGUGGUUGGACACAAGCGCAUAGCUUGAAGCCUGGCAAGAUGGAUUCUCAUGUGAUCUCAGGAUUUUGGGAUCUUAGGAGUCCAGCUGCUUCGCAACAUUACUUGGAAACAUCGCUUUCAGGAACUCUGAUCAGGUCAAACUUUGAAUGAUCGGUAUGUGUGAGGGAGCAGUGUGAAUAAGAUCCACUGAAGACGAGAAAACAUUUGCCUCACUCGCAGUCCAUAAAUGCGAUUAAUCCACGAGUUUGUGUUGAUGGGUAGUUGUUAGCUAGCUGUCUAAACUGUGAAGGUUGUAACUGAAAGUGCAGACGUUCUUCUUCUACAUCUUUGGCAAUUACCAAAUAGCUUUAGGUGCUUCAACACCAGCCUCUGGGUUGGAGUCUGUCAGACCUGUGGCCUGGGGAAACUAUCCUGAUUUAUCUGGAUACAAGACUUUUGAAAUGACAAGUGCAUAUUGAGCCUUAGGGUAUGUUGUCUUUUACACAUAAACUGGUUCACAUCAUCUCACUAAACUACAGGAUAAACUACAGUUUUGUCUUGUUUUCUGCCUACUGGGUUGUUUGUUUCUUGCCCUAUCUGACUUUGUUGGAGCAAUGUUGCCAUCUUCCCUGUUCUCAGCAAUUAGUCAGGUGUUCAUAACUGAUAAAUUAUUGUUAAAACUACAAAAACAAGACCCAGUUAUAAUUUAAACCUCAUGUUAUUAGAGUAAAAUGUCAAACAAUUUAGAAUGGAAAGAAUUAAAUGAUGUCUUGAAUGAAAAUUUCACUGGUACACCUAAAAUGACUGCCAAAGAACUUGGAACAAAUUUGUUAUGAGAAUAAGAAUUGUUGUAAAGAGCACUAACGUGUUGCUUUGCCAAUGCAUCAUCUGGGCAAUGUUUUCCUUAGCAUUUAUGUGGAAUGUGCCAACUUUCUGAGUCUCUCUGUCUCUCAACACACAAAAAAACCUAUCCUCAUUUUCAUAACAGUAUUGCCAAUUCUCGAGCAGCCAUUGCAAAAGCAAUUAGCAUGGUAUACCAAUAAGUGACCUUUCUUGCCAUUCUAAUUAUAUGGUUUAUUCCACAGUCUUGAUUGGCUCCAGGUGUUUCGUCUCUGCUGAUUGGUCUAAUUCAAAGUUCUGCUCCGGCUGAUUGGUCAAAAUCAAAGUGAUGAUUCUCUUGAUUUGUCUUAUUUCAGGGUUCUGGAGUGCUGCGCCGACUAAACCACUUGACGGAGCUGAUUAUCCCACCUCCUGAGCCCGGCAAAUUGGUUCAAUCAAAAGCGUGAUUAGAUGAAUCAGUUGUUUUAAAUAGAAUAAAAGCCUGCAGCCGCGGCAGCACUCCACAGCCCCCUUUUCACUCUUUAAGCUAGCUUAGAUGCAGCAACCCACAGUGACACACCUAAGUGGUCAAAGUGGUCCUGUCAGGCCAUUUGUCAAGUCCUCAGUCAAAGAAAUAACAACCCCAAAUACACUGAGGGUGGGGAAGUCACACUCAGAGGAUGAGAGCAGGUAUCUUAGCAUCUAGAUAUAUUGAUAUGUAGCUUAAGGGUGCAGGUUAAAGGUCAUGAGUCAUCUUGACCCCAAACAGGUAGACCCCAUCGGUUCUGUGCCCCCCAGUGACUUCAUAGCUCCUGCACGAUGUUGAUACAAUUCCACAAUUGCGUGCUGAACAAAGUGUAUUUAUUUCUGUUGUACUUUUUCUUUUUGUAAAUUUGAAUAAAAAAGGAACUAUUUCAAA